CCAGAAUUUAUUUCGCCGGGAAAUUUAACCACCACUAUUUUUCAUUUUGUCUUUUCCUUGUUUAGCAGUUCAGCCCUUUUCUCUGGUUAUCAUUUGUCUUCCCCUUGUUUAUCAGUCCGUACUCAACCGCUUCAUCUUCAGGGGAGUGGCAUCCAUGGCUACCAAAAUCUCCUUCACUCCAACCCACAACUUCCCUCCGAGACUUGGAAAUUUCGCGAAGUACCCACAAACCAUUCCUCUCUACCCACUUCAGCCGCUGAAUGUUUCUCACAGAAACUGCCAUCUCAAAGCAGGUUCAGGCUCAGCUGCAGCAGCGAAAGUUCAAGCUUUGAAGGAAGACUUGAUCGAGUCGUUGAAUUCGGACACUUCUGCUGAUUCCGCGACUGCAUCUCCUUCUUCCUCGAAGCUCGUCCUUGUUGUUGGUGGCUCCGGCGGUGUGGGGCAGCUGGUAGUGGCAUCUCUGCUUACCAGGGGAAUCAAAUCGCGGCUGUUUCUGCGUGAUCCUGAUAAGGCAACUGCACUCUUUGGGGAUCAAGAUAAUGAGAUAUUGGAGGUACUUAAGGCGGACACUAGGAAUUCUGCGGAUCUCGAUCCAUCCAUGUUUGAGGGAGUCACACAUGUGAUCUGUUGCACGGGGACGACAGCUUUUCCUUCGAGGCGAUGGGAUGGAGAUAAUACACCAGAAAGAGUGGAUUGGGAAGGUGUAAGGAAUCUCGUUUCUGCUCUACCCCCAUCAGUGAAGAGGCUUGUUCUUGUUUCAUCAGUUGGUGUAACCAAGUUCAACGAGCUACCUUGGAGCAUUAUGAAUCUUUUUGGUGUGCUCAAGUAUAAGAAGAUGGGGGAGGACUUUGUUCGCAUAUCCGGACUUCCAUUUACCAUAAUCAGACCGGGGAGAUUAACAGAUGGACCAUACACGUCAUACGAUUUGAAUACUCUCCUGAAAGCUACUGCUGGUGAGCGACGUGCAGUUAUCAUUGGCCAAGGAGAUAAACUCGUUGGAGAAGCAAGCAGACUUGUAGUGGCUGAAGCUUGCAUUCAGGCAUUGGACAUCGACUUUACUGAAGGCAAUGCCUACGAGAUCAGCUCAGUUGUGGGGGAAGGUCCAGGAAGUGAUCCAAAGAAAUGGAGGGAUUUGUUCGAAGCUGCCCGGAACCAGUGAAUUAUACUUCUCCGCCGCCAUUACAUGUGUCUAUAGGUACUAAAUGCCCUUGCAAAGUUUUCUGCUGUAAGUAAUGAUCUCUUUUGUUGUUCUUUCUGGUGUCCCUGUACUCAAAAUCAUAUCCAGAAGCUGAUCCUAUUUAAGUCGAAAGAACGAGGAUUGAUCGGGAGUUUAAACACCUCGAUAAGGUGAUGAUUAGUGCACCAAAUCUAAAUACCUCGAGAUUUCAUCUGUAGAUAUUAACGAUUCAGCAUCCAAACAAGCCUUGACAGUUCAUU